UAAUAACUUUUCAUUACAUUGAAUCGAUACGAUGUAUUGCAUUGAAUCAUCGAGUUAUUUCGAUACAUCGACUUAUAUCGAAUAUAGGUACAACACAUAAAACGGAAUCCAUUUUUGUUUCUUUCUCAUCUGUCAGUCGGUGUCAUCUGUUUCAAUCAUGGGUCGUGUCAGGACUAAGACCGUGAAGAAAGCGGCCAAAAUUAUCAUUGAGAAAUACUACACACGGUUAACCUUAGAUUUCGACACGAAUAAGAGAAUAUGCGAAGAAAUUGCUAUAAUACCCACUAAGCCCUUGCGCAACAAAAUUGCAGGGUUUGCAACUCACUUGAUGAGGCGCCUUCGACACUCGCAGGUUCGAGGCAUAUCCAUAAAGUUGCAAGAAGAGGAGCGUGAGAGACGUGACAAUUACGUUCCAGAAGUUUCUGCCCUCGAACAUGACAUUAUCGAGGUAGAUCCCGAUACCAAGGAUAUGUUAAAAGUCCUUGAUUUCAAUAAUAUAAAUGGUUUGCAACUUACACAGUUGGCCACUCAAAGUGGUUAUGGGGGCGGCAGACGUAAUUAAGUAUAAUAAAUAAUUAUUAAAAUA